AUGGCUAAUUCCUCCUUUGUCACUGAAUUCCUACUUCUAGGUUUCUCCAGCCUUGGGGAAUUGCAGCUUGUCCUCUUUGUGGUCUUUCUCUGCCUCUAUCUUACCAUCUUGAGUGGAAACAUCACCAUCAUCUCAGUCAUCUGCUUGGAUAGCAGCCUCCACACACCCAUAUACUUCUUUCUAGGUGUCCUUUCUAUUUCUGAGAUUUUCUACACACUUGUUAUCCUUCCCAAAAUGCUCAUCAACCUGCUGUCUGUACUCAGGACACUCUCCUUUGUGAGUUGUGCCACCCAAACGUUUUUCUUCCUUGGUUUUGCUAUCACCAAUUGCCUGCUUCUGGGAGUGAUGGGUUAUGAUUACUGUGCCAUCCAUCAGCCCUUACACUACUCCAUUCUCAUGAGCUGGAGGAUAUGUGGACAACUGGCAGCAACCUGUAUUGUUAGUGGCUUUCUAAUAUCUCUGGUGGGAACAACUUUGGUCUUUAGCCUCCCUUUCUGUGGCUCCAACAAGGUCAAUCACUACUUCUGUGAUAUUUCACCAGUCAUCCGUCUUGCCUGUGCUGAAAGUUACAUCAAUGAACUGGUCAUCUUCAUCUGUGGGGUCCUCGUGCUUAUUGUGCCCUUGAUCUUCAUCUGCUUCUCUUAUGGCUUCAUUGUCCACACCAUCCUGAAGAUCCCAUUAGCUGAAGGCAAACAAAAAGCCUUCUCCACCUAUGCUUCUCAUCUCAUUGUGGUCAUUGUCCAUUAUGGCUGUGCUUCCUCUGUCUACCUGAGACCAUCAGCCAAAUAUACAUCAGGCAAAGACAGGCUGGUGACAGUGACCUAUACCAUCGUCACCCCAUUGUUGAACCCCAUGGUAUACAGCCUCAGGAACAAAGAUGUACAACUCGCCAUUCGGAAAAUAUUUGGGAAGACUGGGUUUUUGCUUAAGAUUUUAUAA